UUUCAUCAAAACGUGAGUGUGAGUUCAAAGACCAAAACCGUAGGAAAAUACACAAUAAUAAUAAUUGUCAGUCAGUAGGUGUAGGUACAAACUACAAAAUGUUUUGGAAAAAAAUAAAAACAAUUUUAACAUUUUAAUCAUAGUUUUUUUUUUAUUUUUACUGUACAAUUUGUUUUUCUGUUAUUCUCUUAUCCAAUCGAACACAGUGCAAAAGAGCAUCUGUGAAUAUUCUGUGGCAGGUGCUGUAGUGCCCUUUUGUUUCCAUUCAUUUAUCUUUCAAGACACCUGUUGCAGUAAAAAAAAAGUAAGUAGUUUUGUUAAUACUUACUUUACACCCGAGUACAUAUUACCCUUUUUUUCCCCUCAAAGAUGGCUCGCCGAGAGUUGAGAUUAUUGCUGGUCAAAUGUGAUGCACUCAUUCCGAAAAGUUCCAAAUUCGAUCAAUUUUGGUCAACUGUCAAAUCAAAGACUCGUAGUUUGUCUGGCGAAUCAAACAAACUAUCAAAACUGAUUGACGGUUCGUUAAAUAUACGUAUAAAACAAGAACACGUCGAUGAAGAAUACAACAUCACAAGAUACACAUCCGCGAGUGUAAUGUUGCCAAAAGAAAUGACGACUAUCGAGAUAAAGAUCGAAAAAGACGUUUUGAACGGCUGCAUUUUCGAAAGUCAAAUACAGGUCGACAAACAAGACCUGAGGAAAUCGUUUGUUUGCUCCGUGUGCGGCAAGAUAUUCUAUCACGGACACAAUUACCGAGUGCACAUGAAAAUGCACUACGGAAUAAGAUCGCACCAGUGCGACCAGUGCGACAGGAAGUUCGCUCAGUCCGGUCAUCUGACCAUACACAAACGGAUAUCGCACACCAAUAUACGGCCGUUCAAGUGCGACCUGUGCGACAAGGCGUUUGCCGUGAAACAGUAUCUGAUCACUCACAGGAGAACGCACACCAACGAGCGGCCGUUCAAGUGUCCGCUGUGCCCGAAGCGUUUUACGCAAAAAAAUCACAUGGCCACGCACAAGCGCAGGCACACCAACGAGAGGCGCUACGAAUGCGACGUCUGUCAGAAAACGUUUGUCACGAAAGAGACAAUGGUGACCCAUUCGAGAAUCCACUGCAACAUCAGACCGUACCAGUGUAAAUAUUGUAAUAAAUCAUUUCAUCAGCCCAGUCCGCUCGUGUCGCACACCAGAACCCACACGGGCGUGAGACCGUACAAAUGCACCGUGUGUUCGAAAGCCUAUUGCACCAAGCCGGCGUUGACGGCUCACCUGACCGUUCACGCGGCGAUCAAGCCGUUCCCGUGUAACGCGUGCGACGUCCGAUUUUCUCACAAAUCCACGUUGAGGACGCACAAACGAAACGUGCACGACAUAAGCUGUUGACGAGCGCAUCCGAACUCUCUUGGCCGAUUGGAAACUGUUAAUCGCUUUCCGCGACGGCUAUACCGACUAAACAUAAUAUAUUGAACGUACAUACGAUCGUUGAAGGCCAGUGGUAGUAGUUUUACCAUGUUCAAAUUUUUUUAUUUUUCAAUCAACGAUAAUUUUCCUGCAAUAAAUAUGUUUUUGUUUUAAAAUAACAAAAAACGGUAGCAUAGAAAAAUAGAAGCCAUUUUGGGGGGGGGGGCUUUGGUGUACUCAGCACCCCCGUAAUUGUUUAAGUUGCACGGCUGAGGGAAUUUCUAAAUAUUUUUAGUGUUAAAGCAGCGCCCUUGCUGUGAAAACGAUAACGUCCUUAAAUUUAUUUAGAUAUUCUCCUAUGUAUUUGAUAUACAUAAUGUUAGUUGUAUGUAUUUUUUUAAAUUAAAUAACGGGUACAUUAAAUUUAUUUAUAUUUUUAUAUAUAUAUAUUAUUUUUAUAAUAAAUACAAUUUUAUUUUUUUAUAUA